AGCAAGGGCGGCAGUCCCCCGAGUUUCGCCGCGCCGCCACCCAUCUCUGUCUCUCCCCAUUCUCUUCUUUCUUUCCCCCUUCCCCAUCCGACGAGCGCCGCCGCAAGGGCCGAAGCCCACCGGCCACGCCCACGUAUUUUCCACCGGCCGUGGAGCAGCGCACACGGCCGGGGGGCGCAGGCGCACAGGAGGACCACGGACGGCGCGCGGCGGAGCAAGACGCCGCCGACGGUCGGCAAGCCGCGAGUACCGGACUGGAGGAGUCCACAGGUUGAUAUCUGAGAGCAAGUUUGCAUGGCAUCUUCUGAAACCAGCGCCGCACCGGCAGCACGGAGCUCAGAUGUGGCUGGACAUUCAACUCCAGAUGCCACACCGGACACUAGUGCUGAAGAAGCAUCACAAGGUGCCACUGAUGGGUCUGUCAGAGUUGGCAAUAAGAGAAGAAAGCUUCCAUCAUUGAGGUAAUAUCACUGGCAGUCAUGUAACUUGCGUUGGAUGUUCAGUUUGGUGCUAAAACUUUAAAAAUACGGAUUUGUAGUCAUCUAACUUGCUGUGUGAUGCAAAUACGGUGCUUUUGUAUUGUAUCCGGCGUACAACUUCCUACAUGGCAUGCCAGUAUGGGAGUGGCCCACAUGUCAGUGGCUGCAAUAUAUUUUUUCUGAUAACUCCAUGGAUUUUUUAUGUGUUAAUGAACAGUAUAUAUAUAUAUAUAUAUAUAUAUAUAUAUAUAUAGUAAAAGUAGGAGGCGGAGAGAUAUGUAAGUAAUAAAAUUAUGUUCAAAUAUUGGUGUGUUAGAGUAUUAUGCAUACAAACAAUCCUUUGUGAAUAAAACAUUUGAAUAUAAACCUGUGUAUUAUAUUAGGCAUGACUGUAUAUUCAUAUCAAAAGUUUAAAUUUUUAAUUAUGAAUAUCUAUACGAACAUGAAACUAUACAAAUGUGCAUACAAUUAUUGAAUUGUUCAUACAAUUCGAAUAGUAUUUUUGAAUUGCAAUUUUACAAGUAUUUGUAUUAUUCUAAAUUAUACAAACAUUUUUGUAAUUAAUAAAUAUUUUUUAAAUAAUAUAUUAACAGUUCUGAAAGAAAUUUAUUUCAUUUCUAUUUACAAUAUUUAUAACACGUGAAUUUUAAACAUUAUUUACUACUGAGAUCAUAAUUUACAUACAACAUUCAAAAAAAAAGUCGAAGGUGCAUAAUGGGCUGCACUGAUCAUAUUUCAUUAGAGUUGACAGACCCACGUGUUACAAGAGAAGGAAUACAAGAUUUAGUUAUCCCUUCCAUAGAUGACAUUGUUUCUGGUGGUUACAGCGUGUGCGCGUCUUUUGUUGGCCGUUGGUUCGAAUCCUCCCGGCUUGUAUUUAUCUUUUAUACUCACCUAGGCUUUUUUGCGUUAUUAAAAAAAUCCAGGGAGUUGUCCGAAAAAAUGUACUCUUUAUUUUUUACGCCGGACACAUUAGAAAGCACCGUAUUUGCACCAUACAACAAGUUGAAUGACCAUAAAUCCGUAUUUUUAAAGUUUAAACACUAAACUGAACAUCCAGCGUAAGUUCUAUGACUGCUAGUGAUAUUACCUCUCCAUCAUUCAUAUGGAGCGAUUUCGAGAAACUGUUUGUCGAUGGGGAAUGGAAAGCCGAGUGCAUCUAUUGUGCCGAAAUUCUUCCUGCAGAAGCUGCAGGUGGCACGUCACACCUGGAGGACCACCUGAUGUCGUGUGCUGAUUGGCAUGCACUGGCAGCCCCACAGGAAUCAAGGUUGUCAAAGGCUUUUGACGGCGGGGAAGCCGAUUGGGAGGAUAUUCUGUUUGAUCAAGAGGUUGCCAGGAAACAUCUUGCGAUGAUGAUCUGUGCUCAUGAUUACCCUCUGUCUAUCGUCAAUCAUGCGGGUUUUCGGAAACUGUGUUACGCAUUACAACCAAUGUUUCAGAUGGUAUCAAGAAAUGACAUUAGAAAAGAUAUUUUGGGUACGCAUGCGGCCGAGAAGGAUAAGAUGGUGAAGUAUUUUGCAGACUUUAAAGGUCGAGUCGCCAUCAGUACAGACAUGUGGACUGCAGAACAUCAGAAGAGAGGUUACAUGGUAGUCACUGCACAUUUCCUUGAUGAAUCUUGGCAACUCAAGAGUUUUAUGUUGAGGUUUGUUUAUGUGCCUUGCCCACAUAAUGCUGCAGUCAUAUGUCAAGCACUGCAUGAGUCCCUUGUUGAGUGGCAUCUCGAGAGAAAGAUAUCGACGGUGACUCUGGACAAUUGUAUACCAAGUGAUGAAGCUAUGGAACAUUUGCCAGAUAAGUUGGAUCUGAAAUCUCUUCUAUUGGAGGGUAUAUAUCUGCAUAUGCGCUGUGGUGCACAUAUGCUUAAUCUGUUUGUGAAAGAUGGCAUGGAUCUCAUGGAGAAGAGUAUAGAACGGGUUUGUGAUAGUGUUGCAUAUUGGUCAGCUACUCCUGGGAGACAUGAUAAAUUUGAAAAAAUGGCACAGACUCUGAACAUUGAAUACAAGGAAAGGUUGUUUCUUGAUUGUAAAACCAGAUGGAAUUCAACAUACAGAAUGCUAACUAUUGCAUUAGAAUACAUUGAGAUUUUUGAAACACUAAAGGAACGCGAGAAAUCAUUUAGUUGUUGUCCAACCAAAGAUGAUUGGAAGUUUGCCAAGGAACUUUGUGUUAGGCUUAAAAUUUACUAUGAUGUCAGCGAGUCAUUUUCAGGCACUAAAUAUGUUACUGCAAAUAUGUUCUUUCGUAAAAUAUGUUGCAUUCAGUUGGCAAUACGGAGAUGGGCUGCUAGUGACAGUGAGCUUGUGCAAACUAUGUCUGAGGAAAUGAAGCGGAAAUUUGACAAAUAUUGGAAAGAUGUACUUGAUCUUAUGUCUGUCGCAACUGUUCUUGAUCCAAGGUACAAGCUUCAUAUGUUGCAAGCUAUUUUUGGUUCUCUCUAUGGAACGGAACAUGCAGCUGUGGAAGUUGCCAAAAUAAGGAAGUUAAUGACUGAUUUGCUGAAACAAUAUCAAGAAGCUGAUGGGUUUGUGGCUACAUCAGAGGCUGUUAGCAGUGCUGCUUCAGGAGCUGGUGGAGAAGAUGACAUUAUGGACAUAUUUGAUCGAUAUAUGUCCUCACGGCCUACUAUCGGUGCUUCUCCAGUGCAGACAGAAUUGGACUUGUACUUGGAAGAGCAAAUUAUCCGUAGAAUGCCAGACGAAGACAUCAUGACUUGGUGGAAGUAUGGGGGUGCAAAGUAUCCUACUUUGCAAAGAAUUGCUCGUGAUAUAUUGCCUAUCCCUGCGUCAGCUGUGAUAUCAGAAUCAGCCUUUAAUACGAAGGGCAGACUGCUUAGUCCACAUCGUGGCCAACUCGCGCCAAGCAUGGUAGAAGCUAUUAUGUGUAUGAAGGCUUGGUCCCGUGCUGACAUGAUUGGGGACGGCAAUUCGACCCUCUGUGCAGUGUUUCAGAGUGUUCUUGAUGAUGAAGAAGAAAUGAUGGAUGACUCUGAAUCUAUGGUAACCGAAGACUAGUCUGCCAAGAGGCGAAGAACCGAAGAUGAUGCCUAGAAGCUACUGUCGUCCUUUUAUUUAUAAAUGAGAAUUGCGAUGCACUUAUGUUUGUCUCGCGGCUGUACUUGUGCUUAUUUGAUGGCGUGCGAUGUCAUUUUGUGAGAAGCCGAGACUGAGAAUUUAUGUGUUUGCCACUUGUGCUUCUUUGCUAUUACCUGAAGUGCUAAAUAUUAGAAUUGAUAUGCUUUUUUCUUUUCUUUUCUUCUGUUUAUUGAG